AUGGCUAGUAACGCUGCAAGGGUUGUCGCUACAGCGAAGGAUUUUGACAAAGUUGGGUUAGGGAUCAUCGGAUACUAUCUUCAGUUAUAUGCGGUGGAAUUGAUACUGAGUGAAGAAGAUCGGUCGCAAGAGAUGACCGCACUAGCGACAGAACUUCUUGAUACUAUUGAAGCGUUUAAGAAGGAGAUUGGCGGCGAGAGUGAAGCAGAAGACAGUGACAAAAGCUUACACGUUAUGAACACGCUAAUACAUGAUCAAGAAAAAGCCAAAAUUUAUAUGCUAAAUUUUACAAUGUCGUUGUAUAACGAGAAACUGAAACAGCUAAAAGAUGGUCCCUGGGAUGUUAUGUUAAAAAGAUCACUUUGGUGUUGUAUUGAUUUAUUUUCAUGCAUUUUACACCUGUGGAAGGAAAAUAUAAGUGAAACGAGUACAAAUUCAUUACAAAAACGAAUUAAGUAUUGCAAAAUUUAUUUGAGUAAAUUGGCAAAGGGUGAAAUUGGUUCCAGCGACGAGAAAACGUUAGAUUAUGCAGAUUUUGCGGAUGAUAGCGAGGAGAUUAAGGAUGAAGAUGUUGAUCACCAGACAAGCGAUUUGGAAAACAAUAAUAAUGAUAAAGUCGAAGGCCUAGCCCCAAAAGACCAAACAACAUCAUACGAGCCUGUGGAUGAGGUACCUGAAUUUAUUGAUGAUGCCGAUAGCGUAAACGAAGAAGAACAGACCGUCGACAAGAACGAAGAUGCAAUAACAAAAGACGAACAACAAGUUGUGAAGAAAGAAGUGGAUCUUACGCGCCCUUCUGCACCAUCAGAACCUGCUGCAGCAGAGCAUAAAUCGUAUACAAAGGAUGAGUUGACAAAAAUUAUGGACAGGGCCAGUAAAAUAGAGCAAAUUCAAAAACUUGCCAAAUACGCCAUAAGCGCAUUGAAUUAUGAAGACCUGCCCACCGCCAAAGAUGAGUUAACUAAGGCGUUGGAUCUGUUAAAUUCUAUUUGA